AGAGGAGGAAAACAAGAAAAAAAAAAACAAUGGACUGCAGACAUAGUACAGGAGAUAACCAGAGACUACGGACCUAGUACAGGAGAUGACCAGAGACUGCAGACAGUACAGGAGAUGACCAGAGACUGCAGACAUAGUACAGGAGAUGACCAGAGACUGUGGACAUAGUACAGGAGAUGACCAGAGACUGCGGACACAGUACAGGAGAUGACCAGAGACUGUGGACACAGUACAGGGAUGACCAGAGACUGCGGACAUACUACAGGAGAUGACCAGAGACUGCUGACAUACUACAAGAGAUGACCAGAGACUGCGGACAUAAUACAGAAGAUGACCAGAGACUGCGGACACAGGACAGGACAUGACCAGAG